ACUGAGAUACAUUGUCGAUAUUUCAAAAUGACAAAAUGAUCAGACGACCAACAUCACAAUGACUGUUCUAGAACGUAUCUUGAAAGUUACAUUGGUAUACUUUUUAUGUUCUCGACUACGCCUUUACUAGUUACGGAGGUAAGGCCAAUCCGUGUUCAACUUUGUGCUAAUGUUCAAAUGACGGUGAUUCAGCGAGCAAGUGAGGGAGGGAGUGAAAAUAAAGGAAAAGACGAAGAAAUACAGACGGAGAGAAAAGGGGCGGGUAAGGAUAUGAGGGGCGGAGGAAGCAUUAUUGGUGCAUCGUUGAGGGUAGGAGACAAUCUGCACCGCAAGGACCGGACUCAGAAGAGAGGAAGUUAUUUUGUGAUUAAUCGGUUCUUUACUCGAUUUGACUGGAGCUUCCGCGACAACACACUCAAACAUGGUGAUUAAAGUGUACAUAGCAUCUUCCUCUGGCUCCACCUCGAUAAAGAAGCAGCAACAAGAUGUGAUGGGCUUCCUGUCAGCCAAUAAGAUUGAGUUUGAGGAGUGUGAUAUUGCAGCCAAUGAGGAAAACAGGAAGUGGAUGAGAGAGAAUGUUCCGGAGGAGGCUCGUCCCGCCGCUGGCAACCCUCUACCACCUCAAAUCUUCAACCAGGACAAAUACUGCGGGAAUUAUGAGGCGUUCUUUGAUGCCAGGGAAGACAACGCUGUCUAUGCUUUCCUGGGUCUAACUGCUCCUCCUGGAUCUAAGGAGGCAGAAGCUCUAGCCAAGAGGGAGCAGCAGCAGCAGUAGUCAGUCUCGCCUGAACCACGCCACCUCUUGCCAGAGCACAAACUGGACCCCCCACCCCAGGGACCCCACCCAGGGACCUUACCCCAGAGCCCCCCCAAAUUCCUUAUUCAUCAACACUGUCAUGACUGUUAGGGUUUUGUUAAGGUUGAUUGUUUGUUCCAGAUGUGUAGUUUAAAGUUGAUUAUAUGUUUGUUUGAUGUUUAAUAAGUGUCAUGAUUUAGCUAUGCCUUAGCAGCUGAGUGUGAGGAGGUACUGAAGCAGAGCAUGCUGGCCUCUCUGCUCUCUGUCUUAUUUUUCUGAAUAUGAUUCCUCUUGGACAGUGGUUUUGAACCUCUUCCAAGGCUUUCCAGGUAUUUGAUCUAUCAUAGAGGUUUCACACCUAAUUCAGCUUACAAUCAAGCACUUCAUAAGUGAAUUAUGGUACAUAUUUCAAGGCUAGAGCAAAAUUAUGAAAAUGUCCUGUUCUUUAGGAGAGGAUGAAUAACAGUCAAUGUCACGUUGUGGCGCAGCAAAGUGCACUUGAGCUGACAUGAUCUCCACACACGUCUGGAAAACGGCCUUAACCCCUCAAGGUUUCUGCAGAUAUCUAAAAUACUUGUUCUUACUGUGGCAAUCAUGACAGUUUUGCAUGGCAAUAGCCAAGGUAUGUGGACAGUUCCUCUAAAAUACACGGGGCAGAAAAACUUUUGUUGCCACGUGGUUUGAUUUUACUAUAUUAAGCGCUGAAUGUGGGGCGAUUGGUUGACAUAUUUUUGCUGCACAAUGGCUCAGUUUGAUAAUUCCACAAUUGUAUGUAGAAAUAGUGCAGUGAUCAGUAGCCUGGUUCUGCAGGCAACAUCCCAGAAUCAUGGAGGGACAGUUUUGUGCUUUUGAUUGAAUCCUAAUGUGUAUGUAUUAUCAGAGCAGCACCGAAUGUUUACCAAAAGAAUGUUGCCUUCCUUCUCAUUCUAAUCUGGAUCUUGUAUGAGUUACCUGUUGUAUUUAUUUCUGUUGUGUUUCGACAUCCGACUCUUUUCUAUCAGAUUAAAUGUAAGAAAGAUAAAGCAUGAUGUAACAAAAUACAAUAUGCCAAAAUGUACAUUCAUAUGUAACAAUUAGAGGGAGUCUGUUGUUGUUGUAAACAUCGAUAGCAGCAAAUUAUCAGAAUGUUCCAUAUUAUCAAAAUUAUCCAUAUUAUCAAAAUUAUUCAUAUUAUCAAAAUUAUUCAUAUUAUCAAAAUUAUUCAUGUUAUCAGAAUGUUCCAUAUUAUCAAAACGAUCUGUAUUAUGAACUUGAUCCAUACUGUCAAAGAUACCCAUUCUGUCAUAAAUCACUGCACUCCUCCUCUACUUCCCCAUAAACAAUAGGCUUUUUUAUGUACAAUAAACACUUGAUUUACAGAA